AUGAGUGGUUCACCUAACCUUACAUAUCGGAUUGAGGGAUUCUCCUUCAUAAUUACUUUAACAAAUCCCAAGAACCUGAAUUCAAUGGCACUUGAUGAUUAUUUAGCAUUGGCGUUGUUGGUGAGACAGGCAGAAAAGCAUCCAGACACUCGUUUUACUGUGUUGCAGUCUACAGGAAGAUAUUUUUCCUCAGGUGGUAAUAUUACGGCUUUUGCACGUGCUUCAUAUGCUAGGGACACAUCAACAUCAAUCGAGGGUACUGUUGUAGGCAAUAUGUUGAGUCGUGUGGAAUUCCUGACGAGUUGUUUCAUUAAUCAUUCAAAGGUGUUGAUAGCUUGUUUGAAUGGGCCGGUGGUAGGGUUAUCCGCGGCGAUGGUUUUACUAUGUGAUAUUGUAUAUAGUAUGAACGAUCAAAUUUAUAUGCAAUUCCCAUUUAGCACUUUGGGGUUAUCGUCUGAGGGUGCUUUGUCUGUUUCUCUGGUUAAAAAGUUGGGGAGCGGUGUUGCCAAUGAGGCGCUAUUGCUUGGUACUCCGGUGAAGUAUGAAUAUUUGAAGGGCAAUGUUAUCUCAAGGGAUUAUAAAAUGAAUGAUGUGGAAUCUUUCAAUAAAAAAGUUCUGGAUGAUUUGGGAUCUUAUGGGCAACAAUGCCAUGAAUCUAGUUUAAAGCUUAUCAAGUCAUUGUUGACCAAGCCUGUUCAGGCAGAAUACAGUCGUGCUAUCGGUGAUGAAAUGUACAACGCUGUGGAUUUGUUCGUGAAAGGAUACCCUCAGGAGAGGUUUAAAGCUUUGAGUGCUAAGCUGAGAAACUCUAAGAUUUGA